UCCCCCCUCCCCAGCUUCCUCAGCUGCUCCGCUUCCAGGCACAACAUCCGUCGUGGCGACGAGCGGGCUUGCAGCCGGAGGCCGAGCGAGCGGUGACCCGGCGCCAAGAUGCCGCUGGGCCUGAAGCCGACGUGCAGCAUGUGCCGCACCACCUCCUCGUCCAUGUGGAAGAAAGGGGGCCAGGGCGAGAUCCUUUGCAACAACUGCACGGGCCGACCGGGGCCUCCCGGGUCCGCGGGAGCCGCCUACGCCACGACCUCGGCGGCUGCGCAGCACAGCAACGGCGGCAGCGGCGGAGGGAGCGGUGGCGGGAAGCAGAGUAAGCAAGAAAUUCACAGAAGAUCUGCUCGAUUAAGAAACACAAAAUACAAGUCUGCUCCAGCUGCUGAAAAGAAAGUUUCCACUAAAGGAAAAGGGAGAAGGCAUAUUUUUAAGUUAAAAAAUCCCAUCAAAGCUCCAGAGUCUGUAGCUACCAUAAUUACAGCAGAAUCUAUCUUCCAUAAGGGAGUUUACUAUCAGAUUGGAGAUGUUGUUUCAGUGAUUGAUGAGCAGGAUGGUAAAAUAUACUAUGCUCAGAUUAGAGGGUUUAUUCAAGACCAAUACUGCGAAAAAAGUGCAGCUUUAACAUGGCUCAUUCCUACUGCAGCUAGCCCCAAAGACUGUUUUGACCCUGCAACUUACAUAAUAGGGCCAGAAGAAGACCUUCCAAGGAAAAUUGAGUACUUAGAGUUUGUUUGUCAUGCGCCUUCAGAAUAUUUCAAAUCUCAGUCAUCUCCUUUCCCUACCAUUCCUACUAGACCAGAAAAGGGUUAUAUCUGGACUCACGUUGGACCUACCCCAGCAAUUUCCAUCAAGGAAACUGUUGCCAGCAGCUUGUAGUGUGUCUUGCUCUUGAGAGACUCCUUUUUAUGUAUAUUAAUAUUCACAAAUGUUUAUGUUUUAGUACGGUAUAUCCAGCUAGGCCUAUGAGUGGCUUUUAUUUAUUAUUUAAAUUUGGGUGCCUUUUUCAAAAUCAAAAUUUCUUCACGUUAUUUGAAACUUCUUUUUCUUCUCUGUCAAAAGUAACUUCUCACAUGCUUGUUCAAUCUAGUGAGAAGCUGUACAUUUUGUAUUUGUUAGUAUUGCUUUAUACAAAAAUAAAGUUAUUGACUACCUUUCUUCACAAAAAAGCCUCUGUUACUAUCACUUUGAAAAACUUAUGUAUCUGUGUGUUCAUUUACAAAAACCAUUGCAUCUAGUAAAUAGAACUUAAGUUCAGUAUAGUAUAGUAUAGAGCAUAAUUGCAGGUGUUCAUUUCCUCCCCGCUCCAAAUUACUAUAUGCCAGGGAUGGGGAACUUGCAGUUGUAAUAGUACAACGUACAUGGAGUCCUACUCCUAUCGGCCACAGCCAGCAUGGCCAGUGGUCAGGGCUAAUGGGAGUUUUAGUUCAACACCAUCUGGAUUGUCGCAAGAUCCAUAUCCUUGUUCUUUGCCCAAAUAAACAAAUUUCACUAUUAUGCUGUUAAUUUUCUGAAACUACAAAAGUUUCAACUGAGCAGACUUUUAAAUAGCUGCUUGCCAAAGGUUCAUAAGAAUUGUCUUACUGUGUGCCAGGUAAGAUGUAAAUGGAGUAAACACUGUUAAGAGAGGGGACAAGUACAGCCACAUUGAAAUACGUGAUCAGGUGUCCACCUCUAAAUAAAUCUUCAUUGGAGAGAGGAUAUUCUAACCACCAGUAGUUGCUGUUAUCCUUUUCCUUCAAAAGAUGCUUAAGCGUAUGUUUGCAAGGCUAUGCAUAUUCUCAAACAAUUAUCAUCAUGGAUCUGUUAUUAUCAUCAUGGAUCAAUCUAGCUUCAGACUUCCUUCAGACUUCCUUGGCUUCUCAGUAAUACCAUCAACCAUGGUAUCCUUUUUACACCCACUAGUUAGUGUAGGAACUGGUGGCACCAUGCUUCAAGUGAGUUCAUUCCUAUGUAGCUGAGCAUGCCAUUUCAGAACAUAGUUCUGGAGCAGGGGACUACUGCCCCAUAAUACCUGCACUUUCAUGGUUAACAAUUCUGUCUUUGGGGGGCCUUUCAACAUCUACCCAUGAAGCUACUGCACGCAAUGUACUGAUGACACCUAGCUCUACUUUCCCUUUCAAUACCACAUAAAAUGGUGGACAAUGUCAUGUCUAAAAUCCAUAUUACAUCACUUUAGAAUGUAUGUGGAAGAUUAAUA